AUGUGUUUCAACACAUAUCUUCAACAUAUCAAAGCUGAUAAGUACCGCCAGUUCGGUUUCUCCCUCCAACUCCUUAAUCCAAUCCGCUGGUUUCAGUUUGCCGAUGAUGCUGCGGUUAUUACUGGUCAGGAGUCGGAAAAUCAACAUCUCCGUAAUCGAUUCUCUAUCUGGUGCCAAUGGUCCAACAUGGUUGUUAGAGUUGAUAAAUGUAGCACAUUUGGCAUCAAAAAAGUUUUAUCAAAAUCUGCCCAGUACCUGCCGAAGCUUUUGAUCAAUAAGGAUCUCAUACCAACGAUUAAGACUGGAGAAUCAUUUGAGUAUUUGGGACGACACUUCGACUUUAGCAUGACUAAUGAAAAACAUAAAUCUAAACUGAUCUCCCUCAUUGAUGAACUGAUGUCCGAAAUAGAUCUUAAACCUCUUCACCCAAAAAACAAAAUUUUACUUUACAGUCGUUAUGUUUUGUCGAAACUAUCCUGGCAUUUUACUGUUGCUACGAUAUCUAAAACUUGGGUAGUCGAAAAUAUCGAUUCUCCGGUGAACAA